UUUUUCCUUCUUGUGAGCCAAGCACUCCCCCCAAACAAAAAAAAAAAAAAAAAAAAAAAGAAGAAAAAAAGUAGAAAAUCAUAGCAUAUACCAUGGAGAUUUUUGAGAGUCAGACUACUUACUUUGACAACUUGAAGAGGUAUUGGAGGAGAAGAAAAUACAGAAAGCUAAGUGGUUCACGCACAAUCAAAAGGAAGAUGAAGUAUGCAAGGCUUGGUGAUGGUACUAGUCCUAGUCCUAGUCCUAGACGUUCUUGGAAAAUCAGAACCUUUCCAAAGCUGAGACUGAGACUUGUUUCUCCAUUGAAGCUUUUCGCAAAGUUCCAUGAAGCUUAUGUGGAUAUGAUGAUUGGUUUAGCAGGUAACGUUGCGAAAUCGAGCCGGCUUGGAAUAUUUUCAGGGAAGAAAGUUGCUAGUGAGAAACAUAUUUCCAUGGUUUCUUCUGGUGAAGAAUUGGUCGAUAGCAAAUUGGUUUUGGAGAUUUACAAUAGAUUAGCUGCUUCUCGUCAAUUGGCUAUAACUGCCGCUUAGUGAUCCAACCCAAGUUGCAGAAAUUAAUUAAAUUCGAUCCAAUCCUUUGACUGUUUUUAGUAACUGUGCCAAAGUUCAUCUUCAAUGAUUUUUUUUUUCUUUUUUUUUUAUUAAAUUAUUAUUAUUAUUAUUGUUAUGAAAGUUUUGUGUGCUUAAGUUGGCUAUUAUUAACGGUGAAGGGCUAGGCUUUGUUUGUUGACCCAGAAGUUGGGAUAUGGUUUGUAAAUUUUUUAUGUAUAAAUCAUCCUUUUCAUAAAAGCGAUUGAUUAUCUUUCAUAUUA